GGGAGGAGGGGACGGUGAUAUGUAGAUGAUCAUAUGAUUGGCAUCACGUGUUGUACCCGUAACCAGGAACAAGUCUGGAAAAUUGAAAGGCAUUAAUCAGAGGUUGUAGUAACGUAAGGGUCAGCUAUUGGGAUUAUGACAACUGCAUUAACACAAGGGCUGGAAAGAAUCCCUGACCAGAUGGGAUACCUCGUGAUCAGUAGUGAUGGUGUGUUGGCUGUAGUUGAUCAUUUGAGGAAUAUAAUUAGAAAAAAUAAUAAAAUUCCACUAUUGAACAAAACCAACAUGUCUGCCGGUGACCUGGAGAAUGAUGAACAAACAGCUGCUGUCAUCAUGGAGAUGAUACAGACUGCAUGUAGAUUCAAAGUGUACGAAAACACUGAUCCUGCCUUCAAACGCAUGUCCGUUGUGUUUGGUGAACAUACCUACAUGGUGACAGUUUCGGGGCAGAAGGUGUUUGUGGUGAAGAGGCAAAACUCAUCCAGAGAGCCCAUUAAUGUGUGAACUUGUGUGUGUCGCACUGGUUUAUUGCUCAGCAGACUGUAGUACCUACUCAAAUCCUUUGCUUGGCUUUGAUUUCCACAAAGAACUGAACAUGAGUGGAAGCCAGGAAAGAGGCUUUCUUAUUGGAGAACAUCCUUGUCUUGUGAAUAGCUCCUCAACUGAACAAAAGUUUUAUGUGUAUUGUUCACUCAUUUGUAAUGAGCAAUUCUAAACAGUGGAUAACAGCAUGUUGGAUCACUUCACUGCCUUAGAAACCUUUAUAAUUUUGCAACUCAUUAAAUUGGAUUUUGAUCAAUUAUUACUUCUUUUUAAAUAAACCUCUAUUAAAAUGUC